AUGGACGAUUUUUCUGGUGGAGCGGAUACUGUCGAAGAAGCAAGUGAGGUGUGUAGACAAUUAAAGGCGGGCCUAAAAAGUGGCGGAUUCAAUAUAAGGAAGUUUGGUAGUAAUUCAAAUGAAUUGAUGAGUCGGAUUCCAGUAGAAGACAGAGAAAUCGCCAAUGAAAACAUCAUCAAAGCUUUGGGCUUGGUAUGGAGACCGGAAACUGACAUGUUCACAUAUAAGUUAAAUAUGCAACUUAGUUCGUUAGCGACAACAAGACGUAAACUUUUUUCGGAAGUCGCAACGUUAUUUGAUCCACUCGGAUUGAUUGCGCCCAUAAUGACAAAAGCAAAAAUUUUAAUGCGUGAAGUAUGGUCGUUGCGUAAAGACGGUAAACGCUUCAGCUGGGAUGACCAGUUGCCAAAAGAAAUGUCGUUAAGUUGGGCAAGAAUAAAAAGUGAACUCCCGUUAAUAACGAAAUUGAAUAUUCCGCGUUGGAUUGAAACGACGAAAAACACAAAAACCGAACUCCACGGGUUUUGUGACGCGUGCAAUGCAGCGUAUGCGGCUGAAAUCUACAUAAAAAAUUGGAGUGAAAGCAAUGAAAUAAGUGUAAAUCUAUUGGUAGCAAAAACAAAAGUGGCACCAAUUGGUAAAAAAACGUUGACAAUCCCGAGAUUGGAGUUAUGUGGUGCAGUAUUGUUGGCCAGAUUAGCACGAAGUGUCAUGGACACUAUGAAAAUUGAUUUUGCGGAUGUAGUUUUGUGGACAGACUCAAAAAUAGUGUUAGCAUGGUUAGAGGGCAAUCCAAAGAGAUGGAAGUCAUUUGUGGCUGCAAGAGUGCUUAAAAUAAAAAACAAAACACAAAAUGCGGUGUGGCUUCAUGUAAGCGGCAUAGACAAUCCAGCGGAUUGCGCCUCAAGGGGUAUAUACCCAAGUGAACUUGCGACACAUAAAUUGUGGUGGCACGGGCCAAAAUUCUUGUUACAAGACGUAGACAAAACGCCGGGAAAAGUGGAUUUCGAAACGUUAAUAGACACAAAUCGCGAAUUAUCGAUACUCAAUGUGACAGUAAAAGAACCAAACAUAUUAGCUCAAGUUUCAUCGUGGUUCAAAUUACAAAAAAUUAUGGCUUAUGUUGUGCGUUUCGUUGAAAAUUCCAAAAAAGACAAAGUAAAAACGAAAGGUGAGCUCACG